AUGUCAGGCUCCAGCCCCUUCCCUACCUCUGAACAGAUGCAUGUGGAUGCUUAUGGAGAGUGCUCGCCGAAAUCUUUGCUUGAGGCGAGUGCUCUGCGCAUCGCCUGUCUUAUUGGAGAUGAUAGAGUGCCGCCUAUUGGCUCCCCACUACCUGCUCACUUCGGAAACUUGAUUGUGGACGCAAUGCGUCAGCUGAAUCUACUAGAUGAGAAGGGCCUGAAGAAACUUGCUGAUCUGAAAGUGAAUAUAACAAAGAUUGAUCUAUCUGAAUGUGGCCACUUUCCUUAUGUUGUGCUUUCCCGCUUGGCACAGUUCGAUCUGGAGUCGCUCUCAAUUUCUGAUGCGGGACCAUCUGAUUCUUCAACAUUCGACAUAGGAGAAUUUAUCCGUGAAUGUGUAAACGACACCACAUUCAAGUGCCUUCGUUAUCUGAAUAUUGGAGGGCAUGACAAAAUGACCAAUUGUGCAAGAAUUGCUCAGUUCUCUGCCUUGGAAAGUCUCUCCCUUUCUGGACGUCCUGUAUGUCAGACCGCACUGAAGGUCGUGCGUGAUCUUCCAAACUUAAAGCUGCUUGAUAUUUCGAAUACGCUUGUUGCAGACAUUUCAGCACUAAAUAAUAUGACAGGGCUGGAGGCUCUUCUGAUGCAUAAUCUUCGCAUCAGAUCCGGUUGCGUAACAGAAACGCUUCGCAGCUUGCAUGGUUUGCGCGUGCUAGACAUAUCCAAGGAGGUCACCGACUACGGCACUGACAGUUCGCAAGAGGCUUCUGUGGAUUUACCCUUAGCAAUGGUACAAGUAAUGCGAGAUGAUCCCAAAGCUUGCUGGCCACAGCUGAAAUCGAUAGAUCUUGCUGGCAAUUCUCUUGCAAAUAUGGGAGUAGAUCGCGCUGCUGAUAUCGUGUCGCUAUUGCUGGAAAGAAAUCCUCGUCUGGAGAGAGUAUCGGUGUUAGCAACACCUCUUGAUGGACAUUCGUAUGUACCACCAGUGGAAAGAGAUGUGAAAAUCAUCAAUUGUGCCACAAGAACGCAAGCCGUCAUGGCUCUGAGUGAUUACUGGAAUACUGACAGAGAUGCUUUCACUGCGCAUGCUUUACACUGCGUUUAUUAUAUGUUACAAAGUGGAUAUGACGACUUCUCUGACAACGAAGUUGCUGAAUGUGCUGCUGUUGUAUGUGCAGCUUUGCGCAAACAUCUUCAUAACCUUGGUGUCCAGAUGGCUGGAAGCGCCUGUUUAUAUCAUCUUUGCAAACUGAAGCGUAUCUCAAGGCUUUCCAUCUCUGCUGUUCGUAAGUGCGUUGAUCGAUGUCUUGAUGCAGCGGAGACAUAUCCCGAAACAACGCAGUUACAAAAGAAUGUUUGGCUGACUAUAUGCAAUGAUUAUCUUCUCCAACUCACCGGUAUUAACUUCUACCGUACCUGCAAAGUGGCUCUUGAAAGCAUGCUUAUUAAUAGCGAUGCUGGAGUUUCUAGAAUGACCAUCGCUAUUGUAUCGAUAGUCGCCCCGAAAAUGCGUUCGCAGGAUGCUCGCGUAUUGGCAAGUGAUGUGCGUUAUGUGAAACACCUUGUGCACUUGAUGGAACAGAAUUUGAGUCAUUUCCGUAGUUCCAAUGGUGUUCGAGCAGAGAACUCCUUAUACACUUUGAAGUUCACUCUAAGUGCUCUCUGGAAUCUCACGGAUGACUGCCCUGCAACUUGCGUGGUCUUUGCUCAUGAAAAUGGCAUAGCAGUCUCCUUUGACAUUCUACGAUUAUUCGAAAACCAUAAUAACAUUCAAACCAAGGUCCUCGGUAUUUUGAAUAAUGUCGCAGAGGUAUAUGAACAAAAGUUGCUUAUGCUUGGAAAUUCUCAAUAUCUGGACGCACUAUGUGAAUGCCUUGAUGGGGACUUCUCGAGAGCUGAUGCGACAGGACGAAAUCGUGCUGUAGAGCGCAGCUACUUUGCAGCUGGUGUUUUAGCAAACAUGCUUUUGUGCGAGCAAUGGCCAGAAGGAUCGCGUCUCUCACGAGAGGAUGUCAAUGAACUCAUGGUGAAAUCGAUUCGGCAGUGGCCUAUGCUGGCUGUACCAAUGGUCUCUUACAGAUCGUUCGAACCCUUCGUACGCAUUCUCAACGAGACGAAAUUGGUUGGGGCGCAGAUGUGGUGUCUAUGGGGAGUGAAUCACGUGCUGUCCCACAGUGAUGCCAACUCUGUUUCGAUGGGGUAUUUGACCAUGUUGAUGGAAUCAGAUUUGCUAGCUCAUUGCAUACGUCUGUCGAAAGACGCUUCUGCAGACGAAGGAGUACGAGCGCUAGCCCUUCUUAUCGAAGAAAACUGGCUAGAGCGCGCUAUUCAUGGAAUGCGAUUGAAGGCGGCACUCAGCGACCAGGUUGAAUCUCCCUCCAUUCCGCAGGAGAUGUGUGCUUGAAGCACAAUUACCUGACCGUAUGUAAUCUCUCCCCAUUCUAGGUGCAUUGUACUAUAUAUUGGUUAUUGUUCUUGUUGCCUGCUGUGUUCGUACUGCUCACUUAAAUUAACGCGAAUUAUAUUGCUUACGCUUAACAUUCUAUUUUUAACAGUUUUUUCUUUGGAAGUCUAGUCUUUUCUGUUCGUUCGAGCUACUUCCUCUUAUUGCCCGGUCAAUGCUGCGCGCCUUCCCAUAUCAUGUUUGAAAUAUAUUCAGCAUAUGUUUCUAUUUGUUGUGGGCAGUAGCCGUAUCCGAUUUUGUGAAUGUUUCUUCUCUCUUGUCUCAGUUUCUGUACGGGUGCUCUCCGGGGAUACUGUCCUCUGCUCAAUCACUUCGGAGAGUUUCUCGAUUUGGUCUAUGCAAGCUGGUUCCCUCCAUAGUUCCACUAUUUGCUCUCAUAUCUUAUUUAACAAUACGCAGAUGAAAAUUGUAUAUAUGUCAUUGAAACAUUGUCAAAUAUUGCUUUUUACUUAUAGGAGAUUGUGAUAUGUUCUAUGUAUGUGCCUGUGGGCUCUCGCCUAUAUCUGCUUAUAUUACUGGUCUGUUUGUUCAUUUGCUACAGUCAUCGACGGUCUGUGAAUAAAUUUGCAGAAUAAUUUGUACGAAGGCAG